AUUUAGUUUGAAUUAUACGAUCGCUAGCUUCAGUUGCAGUUGCUAGAGACAGGGAAUCCGAUAGAGAAAUGCUAUACAAGAGAUUGCCAUUGAUAUUGCUUGUGGCACAGUGCCUGCUGGCGGCGCCAGCGCCCUCCCAGCCAAAUGAUCUGACACAGAAGCAGCUGGAGCAGGAGGCGCACAACGAGACGAUCAAUUUACUGAACGCUCUAUUCCGAGCACAGAUCGCUUACUUCGGUGGAGUGCGGGAAAAGCUGGACCCGAAGACGAAGCGCUCAGCGGAUAUUGCGCUCUAUUUGAGCAGACUGAAUGCGGCCAUAGCUGAGAAGGAUUUGGACAGAAAGAACACAAUGUGGCAGGAUAUCUUUGAAGAAUUCAACAAAACGUCGCUGCUGUCCAACCGAGUGGAGGAGACGGGCCUCAGCAAUUCGGAGUAUCAGGCUCUGCUCACGGAUAAGAAGCUACAGGAGAUUACAAAAAGUUUCGUAGUCGAUGUGACCACGUACUUUGUGAAGAUGGCACAGUACAGCGGAAAAGUCGUGAAAAUAGGCAUCGACGAAUAUAUGAGCACAUUUGAUGACGAUAAAAAGAAACAUUAAUAAAAGUUUAGAACGUUAAGAACUUAA